AUGUUUGGUGUUCGUCCAUAUCCUCAAUUUGUUUCAAUUAUAGUGGCUCUAUUCUGUUUAUUAUUAUUAAUAAAAAGUGUUAAUUCAUAUGGAUGUGAUUGUUCAUGUUGUACAGGUUCUGGUUGUUCAUUAAGUUAUUUAGGAACAAUAUCAGUAUCAACAUGUGCUUCAACAACAUGUACAGAUGCUUGCAAAAGUAUAUAUUCAACAUGUUUAACUGGUUCAUCAAGUGCUGUUUGUUCAGCUACACAUAUUUUUCAAUUUUAUUCGACAUCAUUCUUAAUUAUUUUAACAAUUAUAUUUAUUUUAGUUUUCAAAAAUUAA